CUCAGCUCGAGAAUCAUGGAGCGGAAGCUGCAGGGCGCCUGGCUGCCCGCUGGCCGAGGACACCUGGAGAGACCGUUCCCGGGCCCCUGCGGCGCCGCGGUGCCCGAGCUCAGCCCCCGGAACGGCCUCCACUGCGCCCAUGCUGACAGCGGUGUCCUGAAGCCCAGGGUGGUGACCGUGGUGAAGCCGGGGGCGCACCCCCUGCGGAAGAUCACCCUGCUCCUCAAUCGGCGCUCGGUGCAGACCUUCGAGCAGCUCUUAGCGGACAUCUCGGAGGCCUUGGGCUUCCCCAGGUGGAAGAACGACCGCGUGAGGAAACUCUUCAACCUCAAGGGCAGGGAAGUCCGGAGUGUCUCUGACUUCUUCCGGGAAGGGGACGCUUUCAUAGCCACGGGCAAGGAGCCGUUGACCUUGAAGAACAUUCAGGUGGCCAUGGAAGAACUGUACCCCACCAAAGCCCGGGCCCUGACGCUGACCCAGCACAACAGGGUCCCUUCUCCGAGGCUGAGAAGCAGGCUUUACAGCAAGGCUCCGAAAGGGGGCCACCACUGUGGGGACACCGAGAUGGCCAAGACCUGCAGUGAGGCUGCUGGGUCCCAGGCAGCCCUCGGACGUCAGGGGAAGGCCCCUGUGGAGCCGGCGCAGGAGGACAGGGUGAGGGGCCAGACGUGGGUGAGGGGGAAGCGGGAGCCCGAGCCCGGUAGCCGGCUGCCCGGGGAAGCCGCGUUCGAGAGGCAUGCCAGCGGAGACAAGCACCUGGGGGUGGCGACCGAGAGGACCUCAGGGGACCUGAUCAGGUGUGAGAAGUGUCAGAGGGAGAGGGAGCUCCGGGAGGGCCUGCAGAGGGAGCCGCUGUCCCUGGGGACCCGCGAGCUGCACAUGGGCACGUGCCAGCGGUACGACAGGGAGAAGCUGGCGAGGACCAGGAGCUGCAGGAGGUCCCCCGAGGCCCACCCUCCGGCUGGGGAGGAAGGGGGCAAGGGUGAUGGCCUUCGGAGCAGUCCCAGGAACCCCGCUCAGGAGCUGAAGAGACCCAGCAAGGGCACGGACAAGAAAGAGGACAGAGACCCCGCAGGUCAGGAAGGUCAGCCACAAGGAGCAGCUAAGACUAAGAAGGACGUCAUGGAAGCUCAGCCCGUCAGAGAGGAGGGGCCGAGGGACGGGAAGAAAGACCCCAGGAGCAAGGCUGGGGGCUGGUUCCCCAGGGAGAACCCGGCCGACUCGGAGAAGCUGCCCAGGGCCCGCGGGGAAGAGCUGGAGGCAGAGAAGGAGAAGAGGCCAUGUGCAUCCGGUGGGAGAAAGAUGCUUCCCAGAGAGGACCAGCCCACCAGGGUGGAAAAGGAGCCCAAGAUGAGGACCGGGGAAAGCAAGCCAGAGAAGCCUGGCGGCGGGAAGCGGCGGCCCGCCGGCAUCAUCUCAGCCAGCGUGGAGAAGCGGUACGACACCGGCCGGGUCAUCGGGGACGGGAACUUCGCCAUCGUGAAGGAGUGCUGGCACCGGGAGACCCGGCAGGCCUACGCCAUGAAGGUCAUCGCCAAGUCCAAGCUCAAGGGCAAGGAGGACAUGGUUGACAGUGAGAUCUUAAUCAUCCAGAGCCUUUCUCAUCCCAACAUCGUGAAGCUGCACGAAGUGUACGAAACGGACUCGGAAAUCUACCUGAUCAUGGAGUACGUGCAGGGCGGGGACCUGUUCGAUGCCAUCAUAGAGCACGUGAAGUUCCCAGAGCGGGACGCGGCCCGCAUGCUCACGGACCUGUGCAAGGCUCUCGUCCACAUGCACGACAAGAGCAUCGUCCACCGGGACCUCAAGCCGGAGAACCUGCUGGUUCAGAGGAAUGAGGACAAAUCUAUGACCUUGAAGCUGGCUGACUUCGGCCUUGCAAAGCACGUGGUGAGGCCAGUGUUCACUGUGUGUGGGACCCCGACUUACGUUGCACCUGAGAUUCUUUCCGAGAAAGGUUACGGGCUGGAGGUGGACCUGUGGGCCGCGGGCGUGAUCCUCUACAUCCUGCUGUGUGGCUUCCCGCCGUUCCGCAGCCUGGAGCGGGACCAGGACGAGCUCUUCAGCAUCAUCCAGCAGGGCCACUUCGAGUUCCUGGCCCCUUACUGGGACAGUAUCUCUGAGGCUGCCAAAGAUCUGGUGAGCCGGUUGCUGGUGGUAGACCCCAAAAAACGCUACACGGCCCACCAAGUCCUUAAGCACCCCUGGAUUGAAACUGCUGGGAAGGCCAGGGCCGCAAACCUGCAGGAGGGGUCCCCCGGCAGCGAGGGCCCCGUCCAGGGCCAGCACGCGCGGGCUGCAGAGCAGGCACCCGAGUCCCCGCCCCCGGCCCCCCUCCAGCCCCCGUCUGCUCCAGGACACAGGGAAGAAGUUUAG